AUGUCUUCCUAUUUUUUUGAUGUUUCAAUAUCACAAGAUUCAAUUCAACAAUUUCUCUUACGAAUGCCUUCUCUUCGACACUUAGAAUUGAUUGUUAAUUAUAAUGGUCACCACUCUUUAUGUGAUGGAUAUCACUGGGAAAUAUUUAUUAGGAAUCAACUGACAAUGCUCACUAAAUUUGAUUUCCAUUUCAAAUUAGCAUGGUAUCAAACACAUGAUUGGGUCAACGACGACGUUAUACUUGCUCCUUUCCUAACUUCAUUUUGGAUCGGUCAAGAACGACAAUGGUUCGUCGUCUAUAAUCGUCAAUCACGGAGUCUUUUCACUGUACCUCGAUUUACUCCAACAAUUUGUUCACAUCGGUCGGCAUCAAUUUUACCUCAUACAACAACUGUACCUAGAGAGAAAUACGAUAUAUUUUAUGAUCAUAUCACUGAACUUAUUCUUGAUAAUAUAUUUUUUAUGGAUUCAUUAAGUAAAGGAUGUAUUGGUAAACUUUUACGUGGUGAAGAACUAGUUUUACCUGUUGUACUGUUGCUAGAGGAAACUUCUUUACUGUACGUUAAUGCUGACGUUUGUGAUGAACGUGAUGUGGCAAGUGUUCGCUUGCGAUUAUCGGAUUCCACAGAUUCGUUUUAUGGUAUGACGGCUAUGAUUUUAUACGUUUGUGCUUAA